AUUUCGUUUACGCACGAGCAACAAAGGAUGGACGGUAUAAGGCCGCGAGGCCGAAGGGAAGCGUACUCCGACUCGCAAGUCCAAUGAUGUCGACCGACUACACCCAGAUAAUACGGUUCUGGUACACCAUGUACGGCCGUAAUGUCGGGAGACUGAAUACGUAUAUACUACAAAAUGGGGAAACUGCGAUGCAGACUCCAGUCUGGACGAGAAGUGGUAACCAAGGGCCAACAUGGUUACUAGGAGAAAUCAAUUUACCCUUAAAUGGAACAUUUCGGAUUAUAUUUGAAGCUGUGCUUGGUAAUGGUAUAUAUGGCGAUAUUGCCCUUGAUGACAUCACGAUAGAAGAUGCGGCAUUCCAGUGUACAUUUGAUUCACCUGGUAUUUGUGGGUUUACUCAGGAACAAGGUGAUCAUUUUGAUUGGACGUUUGGUAGAGGGAAGACCCCUACACGUCGCACGGGACCCAAUAAAGACCAUACAACGAACACAGCGCAAGGUAAUACUGCUGUGUUGUUUAUCAAAGUUUUCAAUACGUAA